AUGCCGACGAGGAUGAAAAAUCGGAAACAAGCAAAGGGAGACAAGAAUGGCUCAUUAUACUCCUCUGACGACCGUUUCCUCCAGGCCGCUGCAGCUAUGCGAUUCAAGCAUACGGUGUUUGCUGCAGAACUGGCCCUUGCAGAAGCCACAGUCGCCGACUAUACGCUGAGCGAGCUCUUUGCAGGCCUUGAACUGGCAACGUGGCUUUCUGGAUGGGGCCAUUUUUUGGAGAGUGUAGACGGCAGAAGUAGAGGUAGGCAAGCGUUUGACGUCGUCCUUAAUGAGACGAUUGACGAGCACUUUGUAUGA